AUGGAGAACGCGCAGGCUUCGUCGUCUGCGACCCAGAUGGUCCUCAACAGCCAAGCGGGCGCCGCGAAGACGCUGGCGCGUGAGCACGACGAGAUGAGUUCAGCGCUGUUCGAGACGGGGUCCAAGACUGAUGAUGAGGAUGUGCUGCGCCAGUCGCGCGAUCAUUCAGUUCUGGCCCUGGCCUACUUCACCGAAGCCAAGCGGUUUGCGCCACGCUGCAUCGUGACUCCUGUCUUCCGAGGGAACGAGCUGAUGUGCCUUGCAAAGCUCGGUGAGCUUGAGAAGGAAGUCCUUCCUGAGAUUAAGCUUCCCUUCGACACAGAUGUUGCGUCCGUUGUGUCUCUUCAUGCCAAUGGGUUUACUGACCGGAUUGCUGACAUCCAAUCUGAGUUCAUCCAUGCCAGUACCAUGAUUGACCCGGACGACCCAGCCAGGCAUAACAUCUGGUAUGAUAUUCGUCGGCGCACCCGCACCCAACACGGGAACAAACGGCGAACCAAGCACGCCAGCCACAGGCUUGAAGGGCUCGAACAGGGCUACCAGCUCAUCCACUCGUCGCCCAAGGACAACAUUACCAAAGCAAGAGCAGAAGCUUCAGAUAAGCUACACGAGAUAAUGGGAUUUGUGUGUGAUCAGUUUGUGCCUACCAAAGUGGAGGAGAUCUUGCGUAAGGAUGUUGCUGCUGCAAGAGAGGAGGCAAAGAACUUGGCUGCAACUUAUGGCUACUGUGCCCGAGCACGCAUGCUAGAAGGUUAUGUGGAGCUGAAGCACACUACAACAGUGGGUGGACCACAGUUUAAGGCAAUGUUAAGAGAGCUGAUCCAGAUGGUCCAUGAAGCAGCAGCUGCUUUCAAAGGUUCUAUCAUCAUUGCAAAGUUCCUGGCUGAGCUCUACUCUGCACUUGACCAAGAUGAGUACGCAAUGAGCAUUGUGCAAAGAGCCCUUCUAGUCCAUAACCCUGACGACCCGGGCAGACAUGAUGUGCCUGUUGGUUGCACCCCAUGGGACUGCUCUCAAGAUAGGAUUGCCACUGUCCAAGACCAACUUCGUCAGAUGCUUGCCAGGAUUGAAGCAAAUAUAAAAUCAAGAAGCCAUCCAACAGAUCUUUUAGGAAGCGAAGAAGACGUUGCUGAAGUUGACAAUGGAAGUCCGGUCAACGGAAAGGGGAAGAAGAAGAAGAAGAAGAAGAAGAAGACAGAGAAAAAGCCUGCAGUGCAUCAGGCAUUUAGGUAUUCACAGAAGAAAAAGGCGCCCAACCCGAGCAGGAUACCUGUAUGGGAGGACUGGCUUCGAAAGAACAGAACAACACCUACACCGGCAUCUAUUCCUCCCAUACAUAACAGUUGUUCCUGUCUCCAGGCAGAAUUGACGUUUGCCAAGAUGGUUCAACAACAGCUUGUGCCAGAGUCUGAGGUGAACCUGUAUGUCGAGUACUGCCAAGCACUUGCACAGUGUUCAAAGGAGAAUUCCAUCGAUAAUCACUAUCGGGAAAAGCACAACUUGAGCCUGGGACAAACUUUCAAGUGCCCUGAGAAACCCUGCAACAUCGGGCUUCGCAGCUACACCGACUUCCGGAGGCACCAUUACUUCGUUCAUCGGUUAACACCUGGCUGGUGGAAACCGGAGAGUUAG